CCAAUAUCUAAACAUUAACUUCAGAAAGGGGGUCCUUAAAGAAAAUAGUGCUUAAAACAGCAACAUAGGAAGAGCUCAUCCAAUCAUGGCUCUCCAAACAUCCUUUUUACUUGCUUCUAUCUCCAUCUACAAAGAGGGAAAGUCUAAUGUUUGUCUUAAGGAGACUAGUUUCUUCGGAGUUACAAUCUCAUCACACCUUAAAGCUGAGUUCAAGUCUUCUCAGAUCAGUAUAAAGAAUUUCAGAAAAAGGGAGCUACCCAUUGUAACCGUUAAGGCUCAAACAGCUACUACAACUGCUGCAAUCACCCAGGCUGCACCAGACGGAAAGAAAACUUUGAGAAAGGGCAAUGUAAUAAUCACUGGAGCCUCCUCUGGACUAGGUCUGGCCACAGCCAAGGCACUAGCCGAUACAGGAAAAUGGCACAUUGUUAUGGCGUGCAGGAAUUUUCUCAAGGCUGAGAGGGCAGCUAAAUCAGUCGGCAUUGAUAGGGAGAAUUAUACUGUCAUGCAUCUUGACCUUGCCUCCUUUGACAGUAUCCGGCAAUUUGCUGAUACCUUCCAACGUUCUGAUAGGCCGCUUGAUGCUCUGGUUUGUAAUGCUGCUGUCUACUUACCCACUGCCAAGGACCCAUCUUACACAGCUGAAGGAUUUGAGCUUAGUGUUGGGACAAACCAUCUUGGUCACUUUCUCCUCUCAAGACUGCUUCUUGAUGACUUAAAAAAAUCAGACUACCCCUCAAAGCGUCUCAUCAUUGUUGGCUCCAUCACAGGAAACACAAACACCUUGGCUGGUAAUGUGCCUCCAAAGGCCAAUCUUGGGGAUCUGAGAGGUCUUGCAGGAGGGUUGAAUGGGCUGAACAGCUCACCUAUGAUAGAUGGAGGAGAAUUUGAUGGUGCUAAGGCCUACAAAGAUAGCAAAGUCUGCAACAUGCUUACUAUGCAAGAGUUCCAUAGACGCUACCGUGAGGAGACAGGAAUCACCUUUGCUUCGCUCUACCCUGGUUGCAUAGCUACAACAGGCCUGUUCAGGGAGCACAUUCCCUUAUUCAGGCUUCUUUUCCCUCCCUUCCAAAAGUACAUAACCAAAGGCUAUGUAUCAGAAGAGGAAGCAGGAAAAAGGCUCGCACAGGUUGUGAGUGAUCCAAACCUAACAAAAUCUGGAGUUUACUGGAGCUGGAAUAAGAACUCUUCUUCAUUUGAAAACCAGCUAUCUGAAGAAGCCAGUGAUCCGGAGAAGGCACGUAAGAUGUGGGAGGUUAGUGAGAAGCUCGUUGGAUUGGCCUAAAGGAGUUAAUGAACACCAACAACCUACCUUUUUAAAGAGAAGAUACACUUUGAACUUCAUAUCAAACAGGAAAACUCCGCACGAUUUACUUUCCCUUGUGGAUUUAAGAAUUUUUCAAUGACAAGACAGUAGAAAUAUUCACCCGUUUGGUUUGCAUAAUAUGAGAACAAGGGAAGUUUGCUCU